AUGCAGAAAGCAACAUACUACGACAACUCUGGACUUUUUGGAGGUUACACCUACCCUAAACCCGACUCUUACAACUACGGCACCGCUCACCAAUCCUACUCCGCUUCUAACAUCGAGACUGACUAUCAGAGCUCAGUAUGUCCCAUCCAGACCCCCUCUGUUCGGCCCCCAACCCUUAAAGACGGUGACCUGAACGGGGACUGCAUGCGCCAAAGCGGCAGUCAAAGCAACAGCAGCAGCAGCCAGGCGAACAGUAUUGGGGAGCAGCAAGGACCUCCACUGUCCGCAUCCUCCCCCAGCUCUAAUGGAUCUGCAUCCAACAAGAAAAAAUCUCCAUCCAGCAGCGGCUCCAGUUCUGCCACACCGGCUCUCACCAAGCAGAUCUUCCCGUGGAUGAAGGAGACCCGGCAGAACGCAAAGCAGAAGAGUAACAACUGCGCGGCUGCAGGUAGAGAUCAUGAUGGAGACCCCUGUGAGUGUGUGGGGGAUGAUUCUGGGGGGUGGUGGUGGAUUGGGCCUUUUUAUGAUCACAUUUCAUGAGUGUAUUAGUCUUAUAGAUGCUAAAAUGGUGGUGUUUUUUUUUCUUUGUUUGUUUUGUUUUUCAGGUGGAGAGGUGAGUGAUGAAAAGAGCCCACCGGGUCCGGCCUCCAAAAGGGUCAGAACUGCAUACACCAGCGCGCAACUGGUGGAGCUGGAGAAGGAGUUUCACUUUAACCGCUAUUUGUGUCGCCCGAGGAGAGUGGAGAUGGCGAAUCUGUUGAACCUCACCGAGCGCCAAAUAAAGAUUUGGUUUCAAAAUCGGAGGAUGAAAUACAAGAAGGACCAGAAAUCUAAGGGGCUCGCGCACUCUCCCCUGGGGCACUCCCCUGAUAGGAGCCCGCCGCUGAGUGGCCCAAAUCACAUUGGAUACUCUGGCCAGCUCCAAAAUAGCCUCAGCUAUGACGCGCCCUCGCCCCCGUCCUUCGCCAAACCCCAGCAGAACAUGUACGGUUUGGCUGCCUACACGGCGCCCUUGGGUGGCUGCAUCCCGCAGCAGAAGAGGUACCCGGGCUCUGAGUACGAACACCAUGGCAUGCAGAGCAACGGAGGCUUUGCCAACGCGAAUUUGCAAGGCAGCCCCGUUUACGUGGGUGGAAAUUUUGUUGAUUCCAUGCCAGCCUCGGGCCCCAUGUUCAACCUGGGCCACCUUCCCCACCCGUCAUCCACCAGCGUGGACUACAGCUGUGCCGCCCAGAUUCCGGGGAACCACCACCAUGGACCCUGUGAUCCCCACCCCACGUACACAGACCUCACCUCUCACCAAGCGUCUCAGGGAAGGAUUCAGGAAGCGCCUAAACUCACGCAUUUGUAA